GGCCGAUUGGGAUAUCCUUCCUUCUUGUUGUGUCACACCUCUUUUGGGAUUGUCCCUGGCAAAUUCGUCGCCCUCCAUCAUUCCUAUUUGUUAUAGUUGACCCCUUCCCGCCCACCAAGCUCCGAUAUCGCGACGAAGAAAAAUAGAGCCAAAGAUCAACAGCAAAUAAAAAAAAACAUAAUUGUCUGUCCCCUACUUUGGCACCUACCAGCCCAUCCCCUACGGAAACGGUCCAAUUGCCCGUCCGGCGCGCCCGUUCUGCCGCGCACGCAGCGUAAGCAUGGCCAAGGCCCUGCUGAAGAACAACGGCGAGAGCGGCUGGGUGGUGCAAAAGUUUGGCGGCACCAGCGUCGGAAAGUUCCCCGAAAAGAUCGCCGAGGACAUCGUGCGCCCGUACCUGAAGUCCAACAACAAGCUUGUGGUCGUCUGCUCUGCUAGGAGCUCGGGCAAGAAGGCCACCGGUACCACUAGCAGGCUAUUAGAGGUCUUUAGGCGACUCAAGGCGCUCGAGCUCGGUCCCGAGCCGAUCCAGAGCGAGCUGAUAGACGAGGCCAAGAGGAUCAUACAGGACAUAUGCGACGACCACGUCGCCGCCGCCGAGGCGGUCGUGCAGGACGCGGACCUGAGGGCGGCGCUGUGCAAGGAAAUCUGGGACGAGUGCAGCGAGCUGGCCGAGUACAUUGUGGCGGCCAAGCGCUUCCACCUCGAGGUUAACGGGAGGUCAAAAGACAGAGUCGCGAGCUUCGGCGAGAAGCUGAGCUGCAGGUUCAUGGCCUGUGUGCUGAGGGACAGGAACGUCGACGCCGAAUACGUCGACCUCUCCGACAUGCUCAACUGCGACGCGACCAAGAGGCUAGACGCCGACUUCUACAGGGAGGCAGCGGCGGCGCUGCGCGGCAAGAUCCUGGCGUGCGGCGACCGGGUGCCGGUGGUGACGGGCUUCUUCGGCAACGUGCCGGGCAGCCUGCUGGACGGCGACAUCGGGCGCGGGUACACGGACCUGUGCGCGGCGCUGGCGGCUGUCGGGCUGGCGGCGGGCGAGCUGCAGGUGUGGAAGGAGGUGGACGGCAUCUUCACGGCGGACCCGUCAAAGGUGCCCACGGCGCGCCUCAUCCGCUCCAUCACGCCGUCCGAGGCGGCCGAGCUGACGUUUUACGGCUCCGAGGUGAUCCACCACCUGACUAUGGACCAGGUCGUGCGCGCGGACCCGCCCAUCCCGAUCCGCAUCAAGAACGUCAAGAACCCGCGCGGCGAGGGCACCAUCGUCGUGCCCGACCCCGUCUUCACCCCGGGCCAGCAGCUGCGGCGGUCGCGCCCGUCCGAGCUGGCCCUGGCCGCCGCGCGCCGCACCCCGCAGCGGCCCACGGCCGUCACCAUCAAGGACAACAUCUCGGUCAUCAACGUGCACUCCAACAAGCGCUCCAUCGCGCACGGCUUCUUCGCCCGCGUCUUCUCAAUCCUGGACCAGAACCAGGUCUCGGUCGACCUCAUCUCCACGUCCGAGGUGCACGUCUCUAUGGCCAUCCACGCGGCCAGGGACGAGGCCGGCAACUUUGACCAGGCCCGCGCCCAGCUCGGCGAGUGCGGCGACGUCAGCGUCCUGCACGACAUGGCCAUCCUGAGCCUCGUCGGCGCCGACAUGAAGAACAUGCGCGGCAUCGCGGGGAGCAUGUUCUCGACGCUGGGCGAGCACAAUGUCAACAUUGAGAUGAUCUCGCAGGGGGCGAGCGAAAUAAACAUCUCGUGCGUCAUCGACGCCCGGGAAGCGACGCGGGCCAUGAGCAUACUGCAUACAAAUCUCUUCACAUUUCUAGAAUAUUGCUAGACCAAGCGGGCGGGGCAUAGGGCAAGGUAUAGAAAAUAUAGAGGCUAUGUGAGGCAAAAAUGUCAGCUUAAUUCUAUGGCGUCUAGGUGGGUGAAUCGGCUUUUCAGAAAAUACUACAGCUUUCGUAUUUCCUAGCCAUAGUCGGGAUGUUGUACACAUGGGAGGUGACCAACAGUACGCGUUUCGGCGUUAUCUCCGCCGUAGCAUGCUGCCCAAACCGGGUGGCGAGAAUAUUCAGUAAAAAUCAAACCAAAAAGAAAAAGCACACGCGC